GUGGCGGUGGGGUCUGCCUGGGCUGAGCACCUCUAACUUGGGAACUGUCCACCAGCGUGAGCUCCUGAACAUGAGCCUCUUCCCUCUCUACCUGCUCGGAUUGCUCCUCAGUAGCGGGCAAGCUCUACUUCAAGUUACAAUUUCACUUAGCAAAGUUGAGCUCAGUGUGGGUGAAUCCAAAUUCUUCACAUGCACAGCCAUUGGUGAACCUGACAACAUAGAUUGGUACAAUCCACAGGGAGAGAAGAUUGUUUCUAGUCAAAGAGUGGUUGUUCAAAAAGAAGGCAUUCGAUCACGUCUAACCAUUUACAAUGCGGAUAUAGAAGAUGCUGGCAUAUACCGGUGUCAAGUCACAGAUGCUAAAGGACAAACUCAGGAAGCUACUGUUGUUUUGGAAAUUUAUCAAAAGCUCACUUUCCGAGACAUAACAUCUCCACAAGAGUUCAGGCAGGGAGAAGAUGCAGAGGUUGUUUGCCGUGUUACUAGUUCACCUGCUCCCAUUGUCAGCUGGUUGUAUCGGAAUGAGGAAGUCACAACUAUUGCUGACAAUCGAUUUGCAGUAUUAGCAAACAAUAAUCUCCAAAUUCUUAACAUCAAUAAAAGCGAUGAAGGAGUAUACAGAUGUGAAGGAAGAGUGGAAGCCAGAGGAGAAAUUGACUUUCGGGACAUAACUGUUAUUGUGAAUGUUCCCCCAGCAAUUACUGUGCUACAGAAAUCCUUUAAUGCUACUGCAGAUCGAGGAGAGGCAAUAACUUUAUUCUGUAGAGCCAUUGGAUCACCUCCACCUGAAAUCAGUUGGUAUAGGAAUGGUAAACUUAUUGAAGAAAAUGAAAAAUAUAUGUUGAGAGGAAGCAAUGCAGAACUAACAAUAAGAGAUAUAAAAAAUAUUGAUGCUGGUCCAUACAUCUGUAGCGCUAAAAACAAAGCAGGAAAUGAUAAAAAACAGACAUUCCUUCAAGUUUUUGUACAGCCUCAAAUAAUACAACUCAAAAAUGAAACCACAUUUGAGAAUGGGAAAGCAACCCUCAUCUGUGAAGCAGAAGGAGAACCUAUCCCAGAGAUUACUUGGAAAAGAGCCAUUGAUGGAGUAACUUUCUCUGAAGGUGACAAGAGCCCAGAUGGCCGUGUAGAAGUCAAAGGGCAGCAUGGAAAAUCGUCACUGCAUAUUAAAGAUGUGAAGUUGUCAGAUUCAGGGAGAUAUGACUGUGAAGCUGCAAGUAGAAUUGGUGGGCACCAAAAGAGCAUGUACCUUGAUAUUGAAUAUGCUCCAACAUUUGUGUCAAAUCAAACCAUGUAUUAUUCUUGGGAAGGUAAUCCCAUCAAUAUAAGCUGUGAAGUGCUAGCUAAUCCAUCUGCCUCAAUUCAGUGGAGAAGAGGAAAAUUAGUUUUACCUGCAAAAAAUACAACACAUCUGAAGACCUAUAGUGCAGGAAGAAAGCUGAUUUUAGAGAUUGCUCCCACAUCUGACAAUGAUUUUGGACGAUAUAAUUGUACAGCCACAAACAGAAUAGGAGCAAGAUAUCAGGAGUAUACACUUGGUCAAGCUGAUGUGCCAUCAAAUCCUUAUGGAGUACGAAUUUUAGAGUUGUCACAAACCACUGCCAAAGUUUCCUUCAAUAAGCCGGAUUCACAUGGAGGUGUGCCCAUUCAUCAUUACCAAGUGGAUGUAAAAGAGGUAGCCUCAGAAACCUGGAAAAUAGUGCGCUCCCAUGGAGUUCAAACAAUGGUUGUUCUGAGCAAUCUGGAACCAAAUACGACAUAUGAAAUCAAAGUCGCUGCUGUAAAUGGAAAAGGGCAAGGAGAAUAUAGCAAAAUGGAGAUCUUUCAGACCUUACCUGUCCGGGAGCCAAGCCCCCCAUCAAUUCAUGGACAACCAGGAAGUGGCAAGAGUUUUAAACUUAGCAUAACUAAACAAGAUGAUGGAGGUGCCCCCAUUUUGGAAUAUAUUGUGAAAUACAGAAGUAAAGAUAAGGAAGACCAGUGGCUAGAGAAGAAAGUGCAGGGCAGUAGAGACCACAUCAUCCUAGAGCAUCUUCAGUGGACCAUGGGUUAUCAAGUACAAAUUACAGCUGCCAAUAGAUUGGGUUAUUCUGAACCAACGUUGUAUGAAUUCAGCAUGCCACCAAAGCCCAACAUUAUUGCAGAUACUUUUUUUAAUGGUCUUGGACUCGGUGCUGUCAUUGGCCUUGGAGUGGCAGCCCUUUUGCUAAUCCUUGUUGUGACUGAUGUUAGCUGCUUCUUUGUACGACAAUGCGGAUUGCUAAUGUGCAUCACCAGGAGGAUUUGUGGGAAAAAGAGUGGUUCAAGUGGAAAAAGUAAAGAACUGGAAGAAGGAAAGGCUGCUUACUUGAAAGAUGGAUCAAAAGAACCAAUAGUGGAAAUGAGAACAGAGGAUGAAAGAAUUACCAGUCAUGAAGAUGGGAGUCCAGUAAAUGAGCCAAAUGAAACAACUCCACUCACAGAACCUGAGAAACUGCCACUAAAGGAGGAAAAUGGAAAGGAAGCUUUAAAUCCAGAAACCAUAGAAAUCAAAGUUGCUAAUGACAUCAUCCAGUCAAAAGAAGAUGAUAGCAAAGCAUAAUAAGAUAAACUACAGCUGUCUGAAAAAUGUAUCUGAAUUGAAGUAACCCCGUGACCAAAACUUUACAGCUGACCUUAAUUUCUUUGGAAACUUAAACUUGGAAUAGUUAGUACAUGUGUACAUAUGAUGAAACUAUUUCUGUCUACAGUUCCUUUCUAUUUUUUGUUAAUGGUUUUAGUAUGUAGUUUUGCUGACACCAGUCCCAUGGUAUAAAUUUGAAAAAUCUGCAGAAUAAGAACUGUAAUAUAUUAUAUGACAAAGUAUGUCUAUUUAGAAGAAUACUUUAUGGAGCACCCCUAACCUCCACCAACACAAUAGGUCUCUCCAGAUCUUACAGUGCAAGCUACAUACGUAAAGGAAAGUGCCAUAUACUGUUGUAUUUAUUUUCAGUUGUAACAAAGGAAAAGUUUAGUUUGCCUUUAAAAAAAAAGUCUCAGUAUGCCAUUUAAGACCUUAGAGCUGGCAAACACUCAGUAGUCAUCCCAGCUGUGCUUAUCACUUGAAACAAAACAAAAAAACUGUCUUCAACAUAGAGCCAGCCUCACCCGCAGUCUCAGCUGGCUUCUUUACUAUAGUAAAAGAUUAAUAACCAUGAUGUGCAGAUUUAGAACAAAGUGACUAAAUAUUUUGUAGAACUAUACUGGCCUCAUCCUAUCUAUAUGAGUGUUAUUUUGAAAGGCCCCAGGAUUUUCAGUGCCUCAGGUAUUCUGUAUUAAUGUUUGGAAGGUCAUGCAUGAACUGAAAUGUGGCAAAUGUGUGAAAGGAAACUGAUUUUUGAUAAUAACUUUUGGCUUCAAAGGAACCUUUACAAUAAACAAACUGAAAUUAGCUGCCCCAAUGUAUUUAUACAUAUAUGGUAUUCAUUCUUCUUUUAGUUCUAAGCAUUUAGUCAAGGGAUAAAACUGCAUUUUAGUGUAAUGGAUACAUUUUCACUCCAAAUCAUUACAUGAAAUAUUAAAAGUUGUCCUAAUUGAAGGAGCACUUGCUGCUUUAUGAUUUCAUAUCCUUUGUCUUAACAGAAAACACAAGAAAAGAUGAAAAGAAGAACUUUGGCUAAAUGAUUAAGAACAGUUUUAAAUGAUUACUUACUAGCAUCUAGUAUUAGGCCAAAUACAUUUUUUUUCCUGCUAAGCAUUCUUCAAGAUAAUCUUUUUUUCUUAUUCUGGUUAACAUACACUACUAGGAAAAAUUUUCUCAUUUAUUAUCAUGGAUUUUAUGGUGUUACUAAUUGGAGCAAUAUAUUUUGUUUCCUUUCCAGCACAGUAUAUCCACAUCUACCAAACUGUUCAAAGUGUUACAUUGGCAGAAGUAGAUAAACUCUGUAGGAAGCUAGAUUAUAAAAUUCUACUUGUCAGGAGCAAAUUGUACAACACCUUGUGAAUUUUCUACAUCAAAGUCAUACCUGAGGUUUAAGUGUAACUUUACUCAGCAAAUUACAUCCCCUCCAUGGUAUGUCUAAAUUUUUCUCAUAGUCACAGUACUUAGACUGCCUGAUUUCCCACAGAAUGUCAUCAACUUUUAGCUGAUAUUUUGUAGUUAUGGCAAGUGAUUGACUUUAGUCAGUAGAGCUAAAAAGUGAAAUGUGAAAGAGUGUCCUUAAAUUUGGGGAAAAUGGCAGGUUCACCUUCUUGUUAACCCAAGCAUUAGUGCAUUAGUGCAGCUGAAGGAGCUGAUGAGGACAUACGGACCUGUCCUAUUUUUAAGAACAAGUAAUUUUAUGUUUUCUCUUAAAGCUUUUCCUCACUUUGGGAAAAACCUACAGUGAACCUAAUACUUGAGGCAUAGCACUGGUGUGGCUAGGAUAAGAGGCCAAGUUCCCAUGAAACCAGAACCAAAGUGAAAAGUAUGAGUCAGAGGAGAUAGCAAUGUAGGAUGAAAAUUAUGAACAAGAAUAUUUUAAAGCUUCUGGAAAGAAGCCUCUUUAAAUGCUAAGGCACUACUUCUGUAUCAAAGAAAGAUGAAAUGUCCCUUUAUGACCUUUCACCAUUGCUGCCAUGUACUGACCAGGGAGUAUGACCAAGGGAGUAGCUGCUGGCCUGCUAGCUUUCUCGCCUAUUUCUUUCUGGGUAAGCACGGAGUGAGCAGGACAGCCCCCUAAUCUAUAACUGAGAAGAACACUUGUCUCGUUUAUAUGUAUGAAUAUACGUUCUUUCUAAAAUAUAUAUAUAGGCAGCUGGGCUUUUUCUCUCUAUCAAAAUGCAAGGAAGGGAUGCAGAAGAUUAAAGCAAUGGAGAAUAAUGUGAUUGGUGUGCCUUGACCAUCUGCACCCCACAUCUUAUCACACACUAUUUUGACCAGGAUGAGGAUGAAGUAGGAAACUUCCUUUCCUCUUUUCCCUGCCAUCACAAACUUAGGUGGUGCCAGGCAUACUCACACAAGCAGAGCUUCGCUAUGCAAAUGAUGCUUUCUCCGAAGCCAGCAUGACCAUUUACUCAAUGAGAUUCCUAUACAAAGUGAGCAGAGCGGACAGUGUCUAGGUGCAGCUGUAACUACAUUCCAAAUCUUAGUAUUUCUUCCUAAGACACACAAAAAAACUUGCAUUGCCUAACAACUACUUUUUUUUUUUCUAGUAUGGCUUUUAAUUGCAACAUGAAAACAAGUGUGAAGGGAUUAGAAAAUCUAAGAUGUCUCUUCAGCACAUUCAUUAACAUUAUUUUGCUACUCUUUGCAAGCCAAAUAUAUGGCAAAAUUAUGUCAAUAAUGGAAGCAAGAGCAUUUCCCAGUAUAUUAGAUUACAAAUCAAAAUCUAGUCCCAGAAGUAUUUAUUUUCUUCCUUCUAUUCAGUCUCUUGCCAGUUGUGCAGUGUGAGGUCUGAAAAUUAAAUAGAGCUAAAUUACUGAUAGACUGUUCCAAGCAUACUCUUUAAUGUGUGGAUUAAUAGGUAUCUCUUGUGCUUUGAAUCUAUGCUAUGCAGGAGGAAGCUGAACUAUAACUUUGAAAGACUGCUCAAAAACACUGAUAUUUGCAAAUAUUUCCAAAUGAGGGACAGCGUGUAGUAAAUUGUAAGAUAUAUGUAGAACUGGAAUAACAUCAUUUCUUUAUUUUCUUUUCCUAUUCUAGACUAAAAAGAAAAAUCAGAUAUCUGUAUAAAUGUCACUUUUACUGUCUGAAAGUAAUUUUAAGUGUUAGUAUGAAAUGUCAGAAGAGUUGACAGAAUAUAACUAUUUGUAAGAGUAAUCUGAAUUGUUACACUAACCUACCCCAGGGAGGGGAGUGGGAGGGAGCCAUUGAAAUUAUUGACAAUAUGGAAUGUGGCAGUGACAAUCUCUCUUCAACAAAAAAUAAGGAGUAAAAUUAAAUAAAAUGACUUAGAGCUUCUUGUUAUUUUUUUAGUAGAAAUGCAUUCUGAUUUACCACAACAGUAACAAAAAAAUUAAUUAGUGUUUUACAACUUAGUAUACAAAUGUAUUAUGGAGAGUUUUUUCUGGGUUUGUUUGUUUAUUUGUUUGGUUUUUUUUGGCUUUUUAAAGUUUUUUUUGUGGUUGCAGAAAUAUUUACUAUUCUGGUGAUGCUAAUGCCUAAUGUGACAGAGUUUAAUUUAUUUAGGCCCUAGUCUUGCAAGAAAAUUUGCAUGGCUGAACCCACCACUCAUAUGGCAUCCUAUUGACAUUGGUGGGGUCAAUGUGAGCAGAAGGAUGUACUUUCAUAGAAGAGCUUGCAGGAUUGGGCCUACUUUCUAUCUCUUCAUAGAUAUUUACAAUGUAGUACACAGUGACAGUCAUAUACAAAGGCUGUAUGACAACAGUACCUGGUAUAAUAAAUUCCACUUGCUGUCUUCAGCCUCUACAUUGAUAUUCAUCCAAAAAAGUGGCUUUCUUUUUAUGAUGGUAAUUACUUCGAUUAUUUAUUUAAGUGCCAAUCAUCAAACUGUAGUAUAAUAAUCAUGCCAUUUUUCUGUUUCCUAGACCAGAUAAUGAAAAUGUAUUUGUGCCUUUUGAUAGCAUGCCACUCUGCUUUAUUAAAGAAAAGUCUUCAAUAAUUUGUCUACAAAGCCUGUUUAAAAUAUUUGAAAGCUUUACAAUGACAUACUUUUCUGCUCAAAUAUAUAAUACUCAUCUGAAGUAAACUGGAGAUAGUAUUCUCAAUUCACAUAAAUAUUUUAAACACAAAAUUUGCAAAAAGUUAUUGAGAUCACCAUUCUAGUGAGGGUCAUUGUGCGUAUAUUACUGCUGAAAAGAUUCCAGUAGAUGGAGCACAUGGGGGGCAUGUAGGGGUGUUUUGACCAAUUUAUCAAGUUGAAGAGUCAGAUAGAAAGUCUUCUUAGUCCUACUUAGGCACUUAGACAUUACAAUCUUUUCUCAAACCUGAAAGAUAAUGUGGAACAUCUUCCUACCAUUUUACCUCAGGAGUAAAACAGUUGUUGAUAUUUGUUUCACAGUCACUCAUGGCCUCACCAUCUCUGUGUAAGCUGUCACAGAAGUAACAUCUUUGUAGAGUAUUUGUUAUGUCUAUGGUGUGAUAUUCACUCCUGAUUAAAGGGCCUCCAAGAGAACAUUUACUGAAAAAGCUCCAGGCCUCUAGUUUUGGGAACUGAUCUAUGGAGGGGUGCAGCAGACCCUGCAAGAAAGGCUGCAGUGGCUCCAGCUCUCACUGGGGGUUAAGAUACAAAGUGAUUUCAGUGGGGCGUAAAUUUCGUCCAUCCAUUUCAAUGAGGCUUCACAUGUCCUCGCCCAAUCGAAUCACUUUUGAGAAUCAGACUUUUAGGUUUAAGUGAAACCUAAGUGCCACAUCAGGCUCCUGCUCACCUUUUGCUUAGGGAAGGAUUUCCUAUCAGGAGUUUUUACGGAGCAGAAAAAGUUGAUAAAAAUAUCUGAUCACAGUUUUAUCCCAUACAUUAGUAUAUGUCCAGAAAUACUAUGAGAAGGAGUAAAAUAUCCCUCUAAAUAGUUCAUCGUGAUUGCGUUUAGUUAAGGAUAAAAAUAUUCUAAGAAGUAUUGUUUCUUCUUAAAUCACUUUAUUUAACUUCAGAUAAUUCUGCUGCUCAAUGCAAAGCUACCAUGUUAAAUCAAUACAAGUUUUUUUUUUUUUUUUUAAUAAAUCUUAAAAAGAAAAUCUAUCACCUUUUUCAGAUUUUUUAAUGUCAUUUCAGGGAGCACCCAGUCCCCUUGACAGCAGUUUUGUAGUGAUGGGGGGAACCACUCACUAAAUUUUAAGUGAUCUUCAAGAUUUCCACUGUACACAUAAAUGAGUUCUUAUAUAAUUCUAUUUGGGCCUGAGCCAAAAGGAAGUCUUUCUGUUACAAAUUUGGCUUUGGAUCAGGUUCUGAGAAAUUGCCAUUUACCAGGGUAUCUUUCCUCUUAACAGGCAUUGUGAGCCUCAUGAUGUUUGACUUUCAAACUUGAAUAUUGGCCAUAUUUAGCCCAGAGAAAUGAAAUAAAUACUUACUGCCAAAUUUGUAUUGGCAGCUUUUAAGUCACAGGUGAGAUCGGGAGUGGGCAAGAUGACUGGAUGCAGUGCUGACAAAAUUAAGGAAAGCUGCAAAAAGAGAGAACAGGUGCAAAAACCUGAGCUGAGAGAGGGAGCAAAAACUGAGAUUGUAGUUAGUGACAAGAAAAAUGGGGAGCUAGUAAAGGAGAAGAGGCUACUAGAAGGUAUUGCUAAAAAGCAGGGUACUAUGUACUAUGAAAACCAGAGAAGGGGUAACAUUAGCCCUGCUGUAUCCUUUAACUCUGCCAUGUAAGUAGGCUAUACUUUAAAUCUAAAAUAUAGGGUUGGGGGAAGGGAAACAAACCUUCAGAGUCUCUAUGGAUCAGUGACAAACGUGUAAAGCAAUCAGAUCCCCCAGGAAGAAAAUUUUAUUGUUCACUGUGUAGAGUUCUCACUAAGACUAUAAACAAUUUGGACAAGAUUAAAAAAAAUAGCUUUCCGGCUACAAUGAGCACUUGGUAUGUAUUUGUAUGCUGUGUACAGUAUAAGCUAAAGCAUACCAUAUAUUGUUUUUGUUAUUCCACAUGUUGUCAACAGCCCACUUGCGAUAUAUACCACCUGAAUUGUAUAUUGAUAAGUUAGCUACCACUGGAGCUAGUUUGUUUAUUGUUUCAAAAUCUUAUGUCACUAUGAAAUGCUGUAUAUAUAUAUAUCUCUAAACUGUAAAAAGAAGUAAUAUUGCAGAUGCUGGUUUUGUAUUUAUGAAAGACAUUGAAAGUAUGGCUUAAAGUAUAUCAAUUAUUUGUCACUCUUCGCCAUUUGUAUAUUAAUAGUAAAGAUACUUUUACUUUAA